AUGACAGUUACGGAAAAUGACUUAAUAGAGGGCCAGAACGCUCUUAACCGUACAGGGCGUGAAAUUCAACAAGCAGCAAAGUACUGCAGUGGAAAUUAUCUCACGGCUGCAACAAAUGGUCAGCGACGAGCUAUCGACGAAACCAUGAACUACGCCACUCAAUCCCUUGGAACUAUGAUUCACCACAUCAAUAAUCUCGCCAGCGCCUUUCUCGCUCUUCUUGAUGAGCGAACUGAUAAAAUGUCGGAGGUUGAAGAAAAGGUGGCGCAACUGGCCAUGGAGGUCAAAAUUCGCCGUGAAAAAGUUGCUCGUAAGGCAAUUGGCUCCUGUACCGCCUCAAAAGUUCUCGUCAAAUGUACUCUGACGAAAAUUCGACAGGAUCCACCCAUGGAGUAUGUUCGCCGUCCAAUUGACUAUUCAAUCCUUGAUCAUAUCGGGCAUGGAACGAGAUCUCAGGAACCGGUCACGAGUCCCUAUGGGGCACCGGUUGUUCAUGCACAAACUCUGACACGCAGGGGGAGUACCACAACGCACCAAAUGGGUCAUCAUGGUAACACGAUAAAUCCAAAAGCCAUGAACAUAAAAGUAGGUGGAGAGUACGCCGCUACCUCCGUUACUGCAUCUGAUUAUCAGAGUGGGACCGUUGGUCGUACAGCCGGAAUAUACAGGACAGGGGUGAUGGGCCAGUACGGGAAUCCCUAUGGAGGUCAGCAGCAGGUCCUUGUACCAAUAGGUAGGACCCAUCCUCCCACUACCGUCGAUGGCGCCGGAUACGCCUCGAACUCCACGGGAUCUCUAGGUGGACCAUCUCGUCGUUCGAGUAGCUCUUCAGGGAAUCAGCCACGCACACCCGCUGGCUACGCUCCUACAGGAAUGCAUAUGGCUCAGCCUCAGCAUCAAGGCGGUCCUCUGGUGAACACUCUCCUUCUUUCUGCGGGAUAUGCGACCAAGCAGCAGGCGUUUACUGACCAGCGCUCGCCGUCUCACGAGCAAAUGGUACCACCGCAUCAAGGAAUGUUUGCUCGCCAGCACUCCGAGCCGGGCAACGUACUAGGGGGCUCAGUACAGCACCAUCUUCCAGCUCAGUACCAACAACCCCCUCAGGCCUCUCUGCACCGACCUACGGAUAUGAAAAACUCGGUGGGGCAAAACGAUCUCCCACCUCCACCGAGCGAGAUCCCACCAAACUCAAGACCACAGAUGCCAAUUCAAUUAGACGCCACUGGCUGUGCGGUGUCACAAUCACAGAAACAACAACAGCAGCAACAAUACAGUCAGUCGUCCACUGGUGGUGGUAUUGGUGGAGUAGAUUUGAGUCGUCUGCAGCCCAGUCCAAUGGACCAGUUGAGACCGCGUCAGCACAAUGAUCCGCCAUGGGCUCCUUCUCACUACAUCCAGAAGGUAAUCACCGUGUACGAGUACACAGCCGACAAAAGCGAUGAGUUGACGUUCUGUGAAAAUGAACUGAUAUAUGUGAUCAAGAAGAAUGACGAUGGGUGGUGGGAGGGAGUUAUGAUGAACGGCCGAACUGGUCUCUUCCCGGGAAACUACGUUGAAGUUAUUAAUUGA